UAAGGAACUACUAUUGUAGUUCUUUGUCAACUCAUGAAGUAUGCUGUUUAGUUCACUUAGCAUGCUUUGUAGGAAAGUCUGCUCAUGCUUGUAGCAAUUAAGAUACCAGAUGAGUAUAUUGGUUGAUCCGUAUCACAUGAUCACAAUAGAUAGAAUUUUGAAGCACUCAUUGAGUUUGCAAUAAAUUAUCUACAAUUAUGUCUGGAUUGAAUAUUAGAUGAGUUUUAAUUUAUAUGUUUACAGAAGAUUAGAAAUACUUUCAAUUAAAGUUACUUAAUAACAUUUGCAGUGCUAGCUAUGCAUACCGGAUGAUUGAAGAAUUAUUUCACUGAUGUUCAAAUAAAAUUAUUUCCCUGAUGCCCAAAUAAAUGUUAAUUGUGGUGAUGUCAAAUAGCAUGACCUCUCUACUCUACAUCUAGCAGGUUGCUGACCACAUCAAAGGUAUCAAUGCUGCUCAAGGACUGGAGCAAGAGUGUACUAGAUUCAUGAGUCAAUCACUGGUUGGAUACAGAGCAAAGAAUCUGAAAAGCAGUGCAAUUGGAAGUCCUUUAACUGAGACAGUCAGAGUCUUGCAAGAGUACCAGUUCAAUUGUUCAUCUACUAUAACCAGUCUUAUAUUGGGGAUUGAUGUAAGAGCAGGUCUUAGACUUCUUCCCAGUGUCCAGCUUUUUCGAAAAAUUGGUGGCAGCAGUCAAUAUGACCUAGUGAUUGGAAGCGAGAGAGUUAUCUAUUAUGGGACCAAUAAUGUCAGCACCAGUGGAGUGUUUGAAUAUCCACUCAAUCCUCCUAUACCAGUAAUGAGUGGAGACCUGCUAGCUGUAUCACAACCAUCUCCAGCCUUUAGUAUAGUUAGAGUGCAUUACAUUGAUAAUGUUCCAGGAGUCAGAUUCAGUAGCAGCCAAUAUGCAUUUGGCACUAGAAGUGGUGUCAAUUUAAACAACCCUUUAAUCACCAAUCAGUUGAUCUUAGUAUAUCCAGUAACAGAUAACUACUGUGUUAACAGCAUCAAUUCAAUCACUCCUUCAAUUGUUAGAAAAUAUGGUUUUAAAGUUCACCAAUCACAAAUGUUUUCCAGUAGGCGACAGUAUUUAUAUCCUGACAUGCUCUUCUCUUGCAACGGAUCAGUUACUAAAUGGAUUUUUGGAGCUGUGGAUCAGAAAAACAAUCAGGAUGCUUUGGUGGAAUUCCAGAUAUGGCGUAAACAAGGGCAAGGGUCAAAUAUCUACAGGAAAGUUUCAUCUAGCUCAAUAUCUUUGAAUAACAUUACAAUGAUUGGUACUAAUCUUUACGAGUCUACUCCUCAGACUCCAAUGCAGUUCAGAAAAGGAGAUGUAUUUGGUGCAUAUAUUCCUGCGGCAAGUUUAAGUCCAUUUGUGUUUUAUGAACAAAGACAGAGUGGUCCAAUUAAUGUGUUUGUAUAUUCUAAUAAUGCACUAUCAAUUAUAGCAGAAGAAUCACUGGACUUUAAUGCUAAUAAUUUUCCACUGGUUGCAGCAGAAAUCAGGGUUUCUACUAAUUCAAUUAGCAACAGUAUUAUUAGAUCUACAACCAUAAACAGCAUGCAGCCUGUUCUUGGAACCACUUCUAUAUCUAUUGCCAUUGCAGCCUCUUCUGAAGCUACACCUGUAAUAUCAGUAACACCUACCACUAAAUCAUCAGUAGCAGCUACUGGCGGUGAAUCAUCUGUAGCAGCUACUGGCAGUGAAUCAUCAAUAACAACUACUGGUGAAUCAUCAGUAACAACUAGUUAUGAAUCUAAUGUAACUGUUUUUGUUACAACAACAGCUACACCACUCUCUUCUACAUCUCAAUCAACAGUGUUAGCUUUAAUUAUUGGAGUGAUAGCGGCCAUAGUAUGCACUGUGUUCAUCGUAAUAUCAUUAAUAAUAGUGACGUGCAUUUGUUUGAAGAGGAAAUUACCAGCUAAUAUUAGAUCAUCUGCAAUAUUUUCCCCCAUUCCUAACACUACUAAAAAUGGCAACACAGAUAACAACAGCUCAUUUCCUAAAGAAAAUAAUGAUAUCAUUAAGAAUGGUGACUCUAGUAUCAUUGCCAUAAAUGACCCAGUGUAUGAAUCUAUUAUAAAUAAUAUGGCAUAUGAACCUAAUAUUAUUACUACGAAAAAUGCAGCAUACCAAAGCAGUGUUUCACAGAUAUCUAAUAUAUAAAGAAGUCAAUGAUGAAUAUAUAUAAUUAUUCUUAAAAAAACAUCAUUAUUAAACUCAUACUAACUUUGCCUGAUAAUUAUGUUUUUCUUAUUCUUUUUAUCCUUGAUUGUUUUAAUUAUGAUAUUAAACUGAAA